AUGCCUAUCCGCGUCAAGUCCAAGGUGCCUGCCCAAGAGCGUGAAUUCUCGCCUGGCCCGGUGGUCCGCAUGGAUUGGGAGCUUCCAAAUGUCGGCCAAGACGACGCUUUUCAGACUGUCGUCGAGAACCUGUCCAACUUCUUCACCGACGCGAUUGAUCUGCCCAGCUCUUUCGAGCAGCUUCGCACCGCAGAGUCUUUGAAAAUCCUCGUGGAGCAUUUGAGUAGGACAUGUACCAACCCUGCCAUUGUAAACGCAUUACUGGCUCUUCGCUGGCAUUAUUCAUGCGACACUGAGCACAGCGGGCUUAGCGAGGCGCGAUCAAAUGCCUGCGAGAUCGUCGCCUGGCGCUUCCUCACGCGUCUUUCGGAGCGAGAUGCUGUUGACUACUGUCUUCACGAGAUCCCCGGAAACGAAGCCCUCGAGGCCAACCCCGGUUCAUCACUUGGUCUGUUUGAGGAUGACCCCAGCGAACAGUCGCCUCUUCUUCCCCAUCGCCGCCCAUUUAGUGCCGGCACCUCUGGACUGGGCCUAUCUACGCGGCGAUUUGAGCUUCAACGCGCCGUGCCCAAGAUCACCUUCUCCAGCAACGAGUCAGUCGAGAGUGGAGGCAGCCGCUCUGGUGUCGUAGAUUCCGCCAAGACCUUCAAGAGCUUGAAUGCCCUCGAGAUUGCUGGCAUUGCCGGUGCUAAGCGCUUUUUGAGCCAGAAUAUCGUGCAAAAGAUCAUCACGAGUAUCUGGGACGGUGAGAUUGUCUUUUGGGAUACCAUUUCCGGUAACUCGGUCAUGAAGCCAAGGUAUUAUAACCCUAGGACAGCCGACCCAUACUCUCGACUCCGCGUGCCCAAGUAUCUUAAAACCUGGGAGAUCCUCUUCUUCGUCGCCUUUCUCUGUCUAUACUACUCGGUUGUUUUGAAGAGAGAGAUGGACUCCAUCCCAUUUGUGGAGGUUGUAUUCUACAUCUGGCUUGCUUCCUUCCUCCUUGACGAGAUUCAGCAAUGGGCAGACGCCGGUUUAUUCUACCUGUCUGACCUGUGGAACAUCUUUGAUAUUGGAAUGAUUACCCUUGGAAUUGUCUUUGCGAUCCUAAGAGUUGUUGGGAUUUCCACCGGCAGGUCGAAUAUAAGCGAGCUGGCAUUUGACAUAUUAUCCCUGGAAGCACUUCUUGUCAUGCCUCGUAUCUUCUCCUUCCUGAGCUUAAACCCUUACUGGGGCACUCUGAUUCCCUGCAUCAGAGCCAUGGCCAAGGAUUUCGUCAAGUUUAUUAUUCUGGUUAUUAUUGUGUACAUGGGAUUCCUCACAACAUUCUCGCUCAUUGGACGAGACUCGUUCACGCUGCCGCACAUCACUUGGUCUCUGGCCAAGAUCUUCUACGGAAACACCGGUAUUGCUUUCGAGAUUAUGGAUGACGUGGACCCCACCUUCGGCCCGCCUCUGAUGAUUCUCUUCAUCACGCUUAGUUCCAUUCUCCUUACCGGCUCCCUGACUGGUAUGCUGUCGAAUAGCUUUUCCCGUGUCAUGACCCACGCCAGAGAGGAGUACCUCUACAUCUACAGCGUCUAUGUCCUCGAGGCAUCCACCAGUUCUCGCCUCACACACUUCUACCCACCUCUCAACCUCAUCUCCCUGGUCUUCUUCCACCCAUGGCACAUUGUGUUUUCCGGGGACGAUAAAUUCCGCCAUAGCCGAGUCGUCGCUCUCAAGGUUACCCACUUCCCCUUCGUCGCCGUCAUCUACGCCUAUGAAUGGUUUUGGCGCAGGGCCUGCGACAAUAAGGACCAGGAGGAGUGGGCGAGGUACUCUGGCGGCCGGUCCAGGAGCGACUCCGAGGCACCUGGCACGCGUCCUACCAUUGGCCAGCCUCGCACGUCGGGUUCGCCGUACCGUGCAGCUUCUGGCACGUACAGGAGCCUCAACAGGUAUCUGGACACACGGUCCAGGUCGAGGAGUAUCGGGAGCAACGACCGUAUCAAGGAGGAAGACGAGGGGCCCAGCAAUGCGGAGCUCAUGAAGCAAAUUCAGAAACUGACGGAGAUGGUGGCCGAGCUUCAGAAGAAGCAGACUCAGAGCGCCGAGGAGGCCAAAUCUCACCAUCUGAUUGACUGA